GGGCCGUCCCUUCAGCUCCGGCCCCGCUCCCGCACCGUCGCCAUGAGCUUUUCCCGCAGCAGCGUCUAUUCCAGCACCCACCGCUCCACCGGCAUCGGCUCCGGUCGCCGCGGGCCGCUCCUGGCCAGCGCGGCCAGUGUCUACGCCGGGGCCGGGGGCUCGGGCUCCCGCGUCUCCGUCACUCGCACCACCAGCUUCACCAGCUCUGCAGGCGGCUACGGGGCCGGUUAUGGGGCCGGUUAUGGGGCCGGUUAUGGGGCCGGGCUGGGGAGCAGCAUGUUGCUGACGGGUUCUAGUGUGAUGGCCAACGAGAAGGAGACGAUGCAGGACCUCAACGACCGUUUGGCCACCUACUUGGAGCAAGUCCGGAGCCUGGAGCAGGAGAACCGGCGGCUGGAGACUCAGAUCCGGGAUUUUCUGGCGCAGAAGGGCCCCAGCACCCGGGACUGGAGCCACCAGUGGCAAGCCAUCGAGGAGCUGCGUGACAAGAUCUUUGAGGUGACAGUGGAGAACGCUCGGACAGUGCUGCAGAUCGACAACGCCCGGCUGGCAGCAGAUGACUUCAGGGUCAAGUACGAGGCGGAGCUGGCCAUCCGCACGGCCGUGGAGAAUGACAUCGCCGGGCUGCGCAAGGUGAUCGACGACACCAACAUGUCGCGGCUGCAGCUGGAGGGAGAGGCCGAGGCCCUGCGCGAGGAGCUGAUCUUCCUGCGCAAGAACCACGAGGAGGAGGUGACGAGCCUGCGGGGCCAAGCCUCAGCCUCGGCAGUGACUGUGGAGGUGGAUGCGCCCAAGUCGCAGGACCUGGGUGAGGUGCUGGCGGAGCUCCGGGCGCAGUACGAUGCGCUGGCGCAGCAGAACCUGGCUGAGCUGGAGCAGCAGUGGGGACAGCAGAUCACCGAGAGCACCAUCGAGAUCACGCAGAGCAGCAAGGACGUGGAGGCAGCACGCAGCACCGCACUGGAGCUGCGCCGCUCCCUCCAGGCGCUGGAGAUUGACCUGGAGUCCCUGCGCAACCAGAAGGCCGGGCUGGAGACCAACCUGUGCGAGGUGGAGACGCGGCGCGCGGCACAGCUGGAGCAGGCGCAGGCGCGGGUGCAGCAGGCUGAGGCCGAGCUGCUGCGGGUGCGCACGGAGCUGCGGCGCCAGGCACAGGAGUACGAGACGCUGCGUGACGCCAAGGGCAGGCUGGAGGCUGAAAUCGCGACCUACCGGCGGCUACUGGAGGGAGGAGAGGAGUUCAGCCUGCAGGACGCCCUGGAGAAGGAGGUGGCCGCGGCCACACAGAGGAGCACGCAGCAGAGGGGAGCGGCCGAGGCCAGGGACGGCAAGGGGCGGCUCCACUGAGGCGGGGGCCACCCCCUAUGCACCCAGGACCACCCCCUGGGCCCGCCCACCAAUAAAUGGCGAGUCCACCCUGGGAA